CUUAAUUAGCGAUCAGUCAAGAACAAUGUAAUUCCCAUUGUUUAGCUGAAAAGAGAAUCUUAAGCAGUGUUUUUCUGUCUGUGUUAAAUCAAAAUGAAGUUUGCUGCUUGCAUAUUUCUUAAAGUUCUUCAAAUUGUUUUCACUGUGUCCGCAACAAUUCUUAAAAAGUUAUCCGACCGCUAUUCGGAGCGUUUGGUAACGAGCAAUAAGAAGAACUUAAGGGAAUGGAUGCUUUUGAAUACGAUUUCUUUGACAAAAGAAGCCGACGAUUUUGGUGAUCUCGCUUAUAUAGGCUAUAUAUUUAUAUCGUCGAUCUUAUUGCUAUCGAGAUUCAAAGAGCAAACUAGGAAUUACCACAUUACUGAGAUCAUUUUACUAAGUUUUGGAGUAUUGUUUUUUAUCAUACAAGGGCUACUAAUAUUUGGUAUUAUUGAGGAGUUACAAGAUAAUAUUUUAGACUAUGGCUACUCCCUGGGAGCUGUAACGUUUCUCUGCGCAAUUCUCUUUGCCAUUGAUCUAUUCUUUUUCAAGCAAAUGGCCGAUCCGAAGAAUGCAAUAUCCCAAACAGAUUUGGAAAAUGCUAUUGAAGCACCCAUCAAAGAGGUCUAUCAAGUAACAAAUAUUCCCAAGGUGAAUUCACUCGAGCAAUGCUGUCAUCCAUCGGCUGCUAAAAAUGUCAGAAAACUUAAAUAUCUACGAACAGAUUUAUAAUUGUAGUUGUUCAAACUUUUCUUAAUAUUCAAAUUUAAAAAAUACAUCAAAAUAAGUGUAACAAAAUUUAUUUUAAUUGGAAGUACUUGUUUAUAGAUUCCAUAUGUGCUUUUUAAUUAAUUACUAAAAAAGCUUUUCGAACAAAUUAAUUUAAAUUAUACAUACAAUUUAAAAUUAUAUUC